AUGGAGAUUCUCUUUUUUAAAAGUAAAUGUGGUUCAGAAUCGUUUAUCAAAAAAUAUGAAUUGCUUAAAUCUGUAAUCGUGCCUACAAUAAAUUUUAACUCUGUACUUACACACGAUGCAUACCAAUGUCAUCCAAGGACGGCAGUAUAUAAUAUUUGUUUCAAAAUGAAAACUGUUGUAUCAGUAAGGAUGUUCCCCUACAAUCAGUCGGUUCCAGCCUCUAUCCUACUUGAUUCUACUCCAACAUGGAAACAUUCCAGCCGACCACCGAACUGCAGCCAUAUAGAAGAAGAAAAAGCAAAGUUCAAUGUCAUAUUCCAUAAACCUCACCAACUAUGUACGACACGUCUACAACUAAUACACUUAGGCUUUAUAGCCGUGGUUUUGUCGCUGUCGCACAUUUUGAACACAACUCAACAAAUUCUGAGAAACCGAUAUGAGGUUGGCAUCCUUACGCCUACAAACUCCUGCUUCGGCGAAACAAAAACCGACUUUAAUAGUUAUUGA